UACAAAGAGGAAGAUAUCAAUGAAAGCUACAUUCCUUACAUAAUAUGCUAGUGUCUACAGGUAAAAAUCUUUAGCACUUGCUUUGAUCCGCGGCUUUCUGUUCAGAGUUGACUAUUCUUUCAGCUUGCAGAAAUUUCCAUGGCAACCAAAACCUUCCGGUUGGCUAACGGCGGCGGUCCUCUUUCUCUGACUCCCAAGUAUAUUCUCCCUCAAGAGAAAAGACCAACCCUGUCCGAGAUAUCCAUUUUGGCCUCAAUUCCUAUCAUCGACCUGAAGGAGCCAUCUGCAUUAGUAGUUGAGCAAAUAUCGAAAGCUUGUGAGGAGUAUGGUUUCUUUCAGAUCAUCAAUCAUGGAAUACCCGUAGAAUUAUGUGACAAAACGAUGGCUGUUAUCACCGACUUCUUUGAAUUGCCACCUGAAGAAAAGGCACCAUUCUUUUCAACGGAUCUCACCAAGCAAGUAAAGCUUUUCAAUUACUUUGUUAAAGACGGAAGCCAAAACAAGGUUUCAAUGUGGAGUGAAUGCUUCUCUCACCCUUGGCAUCCCUUAGAUGAUAUCAUCCAUCUUUUACCACAAAAUCCACCUCAAUACCGAGAGGUUGUUGCUGAAUAUGCAAAGGAGAUUGGUGUUCUUAUGAAAAGGCUAUUAAGCUUGAUAUCUCAAGGGCUUGGGCUGGAAAAGGAUUGUCUUGAAAAGAAGCUUGGUGAGAAGCCUAUUCUUCGAGCACAAGGAAACUACUAUCCACCAUGUCCAGACCCUGAGCUCACAUUAGGACUAAAUGUUCAUACCGAUCUCAAUGCCCUCACAAUUGUUAGUCAAACAGAAGGGGUAACUGGACUGCAAGUGAUCAAAGAUGGGAAAUGGGUAGCAGUUGAAUCCAUCCCCAAUGCUUUUGUCAUCAACCUGGGCGAUCAGAUUCAGGUUCUGAGUAAUGGAAGGUAUAAGAGUGUGCACCACAGGGCCGUGACGAAUAAAACCCUAAAACGAGUAUCACUGGCAACGUUUUAUGCUCCAAGCAGAGACGCCAUUAUUGGUCCCAUUGAGGAUUUGAUCGAUGAGCAACAUCCUGCUGUGUAUAGAAAAUUUCAUUACUCAGAGUUCCUUGACGAGUUCUACAAGCAAGAAGGAACCAGGAGGAUGGUGAAGGAGAUUUUUGAGUUGAAAUAUUAAUUAAAGAAUAAAACCGUUGAAGAUGGAAGUCUGCUUUCAAGCCUAACUAGUUAGGUGACCAGGCUUGUGCUUGUCACGUGAUCUUUUUAUUAGUCAUCAGCCGUGCGUGUCACGUGUUGAGGUUUUCCUUUUUUCCUUUCUUUUAUUGUCUGUUGUUGGUUAUGCUUUGGGAUUGCAAAUGCGUGACACUAAAGCUUCUGGUUUGUUAAACAUAGAAUAUUGUGAGUGGGUACAUUCUUUUUACAUUUAUUAUACAAGCCGUUGUAUUAUUGGCAUCGUU